UUUCAUUCGCUCGGAUCAGCGCUGCUGUUCUCUCUUUCUGAAUCCAACAGCGAUGGCGGAGCAACAGCAGUUCUACCUCUUACUGAGCAACCUGAUGAGCCCUGACAACAACGUCAGGAAGCAAUCGGAGGAAACAUAUGACACCAUUCCCGGCCAGACGAAAGUCACAUUUUUACUGCAGGCCAUCCGCGAUGUUUCUGCUGCAGAGGAGGUUAAGCAGAUGGCAGCCGUGCUGUUGCGUCGAUUACUGUCUUCGUCUUUCGAGGAGGUUUACCCCAGCAUGACCAUUGACAUGCAGACGGCCGUGAAAACGGAGCUGCUUUCUGGAAUCCAGUCGGAAGCUUCCAUCAACAUCCGCAAGAAGAUCUGCGACAUCGCUGCCGAGCUUGCACGCAAUCUCAUCGAUGAUGAUGGGAACAAUCAGUGGCCAGAAAUCCUUAAGUUCCUGUUUGAUUCAGUUAACUCCCAGGAUGUCAGCCUCAGAGAAGCAGCACUGCACGUUUUCUGGAAUUUCCCUGGUAUCUUUGGCAAUCAGCAGCAGCAUUACCUGGAGGUGAUCAAGCGCAUGUUGGUGCAGUGCAUGCAAGAUCAGGACAACCCACAGAUUCAAACCCUGGCUGCGCGUGCAGCUGCAUCCUUCGUCCUGUCCAAUGAGGGAAACACAGCGCUGUUGAAACACUUUUCAGACCUUCUUCCAGGCAUCCUGCAGGCAGUGAAUGAAUCCUGUUACGGUGGUGAUGACUCUGUGCUGAAGUCAUUGGUGGAGAUUGCAGACACUGCCCCUAAAUAUUUGAGGCCCAACCUGGAGGCCACACUCCAGCUCAGCCUAAAGUUGUGUGCCGACACAAACCUGACAAACAUGCAGCGACAGCUGGCACUGGAGGUGAUAGUCACACUGUCUGAAACAGCUGCUGCCAUGCUCCGAAAACACACCAACAUCGUUGCUCAGAGUGUGCCGCAGAUGUUGAGUAUGAUGGUUGACCUAGAGGAGGAUGAGGACUGGGCCAUGGCUGAUGAACUUGAAGAUGAUGACUUUGACAGCAAUUCAGUGGCAGGGGAGAGUGCGCUAGACAGAAUUGCCUGUGGUCUCGGAGGAAAGAUCGUCCUCCCAAUGAUCAAACAACAUAUCAUGCAAAUGUUACAGAACCCUGAUUGGAAGUACAGGCACGCUGGUCUCAUGGCUCUGUCUGCUAUCGGUGAGGGUUGCCAUCAACAGAUGGAGGCCAUUCUAAAUGAGAUCGUCAGCUUUGUUUUGCUCUUCUGUCAAGAUCAGCACCCCAGAGUUCGCUAUGCUGCAUGCAAUGCAAUUGGACAGAUGGCCACAGAUUUUGCACCGACUUUCCAGAAGAAGUUCCACGAUAAGGUGAUCUCUGCACUCCUUCAGACGAUGGAAGAUCAGUCGAAUCCUCGUGUUCAGGCGCACGCAGCAGCUGCUCUUAUUAACUUUACUGAGGACUGUCCCAAAACCCUCCUCAUCCCCUACCUAGACAGCCUAGUCCAACAUCUGCACAUCAUCAUGGUCACCAAACUCCAAGAGUUAAUCCAGAAAGGAACCAAACUGGUGCUGGAACAGGUUGUGACCUCCAUCGCCUCAGUGGCUGAUACUGCAGAAGAGAAGUUUGUACCAUACUACGACCUCUUCAUGCCGUCCCUCAAACACAUUGUAGAAAAUGGUGUUCAAAAAGAGCUCCGCCUGCUUAGAGGAAAGACCAUCGAAUGCAUAAGUCUGAUUGGCUUGGCUGUGGGCAAAGAGAAGUUCAUGCCAGAUGCUUCGGCCGUGAUGCAGCUGCUUUUGAAAACCCAAACGGAUUUCAACGACCUGGAAGAUGAUGAUCCACAGAUCUCCUACAUGAUCUCGGCGUGGGCUCGCAUGUGUAAGAUUCUGGGCAAAGAGUUUCAGCAGUAUCUUCCUGUGGUGAUGGGUCCACUCAUGAAGACGGCCUCCAUCAAACCUGAAGUGGCUCUGCUUGACACUCAGGACAUGGAGAACAUGUCUGAAGAUGAUGGUUGGGAGUUUGUGAAUCUCGGAGAUCAGCAGAGUUUUGGCAUCAAGACUGCAGGGCUGGAGGAGAAAGCCACAGCCUGCCAGAUGCUGGUGUGUUAUGCUAAAGAACUCAAGGAGGGUUUUGUUGAUUACACAGAACAAGUUGUGAAGCUGAUGGUUCCUCUGCUGAAAUUCUAUUUUCAUGAUGGUGUGCGAGUAGCAGCAGCUGAGUCCAUGCCUCUGCUGUUGGAGUGUGCUCGUGUCCGAGGACCAGAAUACCUCACUCAGAUGUGGCACUUCAUGUGUGACGCACUCAUCAAAGCCAUCGGAACUGAACCUGACUCAGAUGUGCUGUCGGAAAUCAUGCACUCAUUCGCCAAGUGUGUUGAACUGAUGGGGGAUGGCUGCCUGAAUAACGAGCACUUUGAAGAGCUGUGUGGCAUUCUGAAGAGCAAACUAGAGGAGCACUUCAAAAACCAGGAAGUCAGACAAGCCAAACGACAAGAUGAAGACUAUGACGAGCAGGUUGAGGAAACAUUACAAGAUGAGGAUGAGAAUGACGUCUACAUUCUGACCAAGGUGUCAGACAUCUUGCACUCAAUCUUCAGCAGUUACAGAGAGAAGGCUCUUCCAUGGUUUGAACAGCUACUGCAGCUCAUUGUUAACCUUGUUUGCCCGCACAGACCCUGGGCAGACAGACAGUGGGGUUUGUGCAUUUUUGAUGACAUUGUUGAACACUGCAGCCCGUCUUCCUUUAAAUACGCAGAGUACUUCCUGCGGCCCAUGAUGCAGUCACUCUGUGACACCAGCCCAGAGGUCAGGCAAGCGGCCGCCUAUGGUGUGGGAGUCAUGGCACAGUUUGGAGGAGAGAACUACAGGCCUGCCUUCACAGAGGCUGUCCCUCUUCUUGUGGGCGUGAUUCAGGCUGCAGACUCAAGAGCAAAAGAAAAUGUCAACGCCACUGAGAACUGCAUCUCUGCUGUUGGCAAAGUCAUGAAGUACCGCCCAGAGUGUGUCAACAGCAAUGAAGUCCUCCCUCAUUGGCUAUCCUGGCUUCCACUCAACGAGGACAAAGAGGAAGCUGUACACACAUUUAAUUACCUUUGUGACCUUAUUGAAAGCAACAAUCCAAUUGUUCUCGGACCCGACAAUGCAAACCUUCCCAAGAUUUUCAUCAUAAUAGCUGAUGGUGUCGCGAAUGAAUCGUUCAAAGGUGAAGACGGCUGCAGCACACGAUUGGCCAACGUUAUUCGUCAAGUGCAAGUUUCUGGUGGACUUUGGACACAGUGUGUAUCAGCACUCAACGAGACGCAGCAGAAGGCCAUCCAAGACCUUCUGAACACAGCCUGAGUGAAGCUUUAACCCUCUUAAAUAGCCUAUCUGCUGAGGACAUCUCUGCACCUAGAAUCACACAUCUAGAUUUUGGCCCUUCUCCUGUUUUUGAGCGAAGAACUGUCAUGUGGCCUCUUAGUCUUAAAGUUUUCUCCAACCAUCAGGCAGAUUUCACCUCAAAGGGCCAAUGACUUAAACCAUCAUCUUGAACAAACGUUGGGUGGGCUGGGGUGGGGCAUAGGGAUUUAAAACGAGACCAAGUCAUCCUUCGUAGAUCUUUAAGAAUAUCUGGUGUAGAAAUUGUGCUUUUUCUCCCUUACCAGAUCUCUUAUCUCAUAGUCGUUCUGUCACAACUUGUGUGUCUUUCGAUCCUAGCGGUAACUGAUUUAAGGGGUCGGUCCAACUCAAAGGUUGUUUCCUUUGAUCCUGAGAUGGAUUGGACUGAAAUGGAUUUCAAUUGAACUUGAAUGCAUUGGCAAGCAUUGUCACAUCUUCAACACCUUUUCUUUCAUUUUGUUUGUUCAGUACCAGUCCCAUGGGCUGGUUAAGAUAUUUUGGAGGAAUAGUUGGGAAUGGCAUCUGUUUGCUCCACUUUGCCAAUGAUGUGUGAUUGCUAACAGUCUGUUUCUCAUUGGUUCACUCAAUCCAUGCAAUGAAAUAAACAGGAAAACUGUGACUAUGAAGGAAAUGUGUCCUUAACAUUU